UUUUCUCCGUCAUCGUCGUGUGGUGAAACGAAAAGAAAAAAAAGUAGUGUUGGACGACAGAGACGAUAGAGCAGUGAAAUAAUUUCAUAAUUUUUGACCUGAAAACUCGCGAAAUAGUGAUGCAUACAUUCACCGAAACGGGCGCCGGAGUUCCGGCCUUCCUUGCGAAACUGUGGAGACUGGUGGAGGAUCCGGAAACGAACGAUUUGAUCUCCUGGAGUUCGGAUGGCAGAAGCUUCAUCAUACAAAACCAGGCACAAUUUGCCAAGGAAUUGCUACCCCUCAAUUACAAGCACAAUAACAUGGCAAGCUUCAUACGGCAGUUGAAUAUGUAUGGGUUCCACAAGAUCACAUCCAUCGACAAUGGAGGGCUGCGGUUCGACAAGGACGAAAUGGAAUUUACACAUCCUUGCUUUCAAAAAGAUCAUCCCUACCUGUUGGAGCAUAUCAAGCGUAAAAUAGCAACCUCAAAACAGCAGCAACAACAGCAGGACGAUAAAGGGGGGCUCAAAGUAGAAGCGAUGAACCGGGUUUUGACGGAGAUGAAGCAAAUGCGAGGCCGGCAGGAAUCCCUGGACACGCGCUUCUCUUCAAUGAAGCAGGAAAACGAAGCACUGUGGAGGGAAAUUGCCAUUCUCCGGCAGAAACACCUGAAGCAGCAGCAGAUCGUCAAUAAGUUAAUCCAAUUCCUGGUCACUAUUGUACAACCAUCCCGAAGUGGGCUUGGUUCGAUGGGAAACGGAAACAACAAACGUCGCUUCCAGCUCAUGAUCAACGACGCACCUCAAUCGAAGCAAAAGAAAACCGAGGGAGGUGAAGGCGCUUCUAUUCAGGAGUUGGGCGAAGCACUCGAAGCAUAUGAGAAUGAACAGGAACUGCUGUCGCAGGAUAAGAGUAAGAAAGUUAAACUCACAGCUAGUGGUAGCAUUAAGAAGGAAAAAUCCCAAAAAUCGAAGAGUUCCUCCAGGGCAUCGGAAAUACCGGAAGUGAUGUCGCCAAUAUCUUUGACCCAACAGUCGCCGUAUCAUUCAGGUAGUCCUAACGAAAUUAUCGAAGAGGCACAGUACAGUCCGCAAUUUGGAACAGGUAACAUCAAACAGGAAACCUUUGAUUUUUCAUCCGGUGUUGCAGAUAAUUGCGAACAGAUAGUCAGCGACGCUGUUGAGGAUGACCAUAUCGAUGGUGAAUACGCCGAUGAAGCUUAUCUGGUUGAUCACGUUGAUGAGAUUAACCCUAGCAACAUGCAAUUCUUCGACGACUCAGAUAUGUUACAUACUCCUAUGGUCAUCAAAGAGAUGCAAAAGCAAGAACAACUCAAACAGCAGCAACAACAGCCAAUGAUCCAGCAACAGCAACAACAACAGAAGGCGGCCAAUAAAGGAGAAAGUUUACUCAAGAACAGAAAGAAUAUGUUGCCUAACAAAGAUCAAAAAAGUCUUCUGAACAGCAACAAAACAGCGUUCUCUGUAAUUCCAAAUACCAGUAUGGACAAAUCUGGCAAGAAAAUGAUUUCUCCCGGAAAACAAGUUCCUGCGAAAACUGCAGUCAACAUUAACGCCGGUCCUUCUGGAACAAACAAUUUUGUGCCCACUGUAAAACCAUCAACAUCGUCAAUGGCUUAUGGAGUGGAAGACUUCAAUGUUGGCGAAGUUCCAGCAGACAUUUUCGACGACGACAGCAAUGUCCAAAAGGAAUCUCCUAUGUUGGGUGGUUUCAACUUCGAAAGUGGAUUCUACAACCCCAACGUUAACAUUAGCCAAAUGAAGGGAAAACAAUUGCUACAGCCUGCACAACCACAACUUCAGCAACAGCAGCAGCAAAACCUGCAGCCGAAUGUCUCGAAUCAAGCAGCUGGUACGGAUGAGCAUGAUGAAUCGUCAAAUCCCGGUGUAGUGAGCAAAUUUGUCAGCAACAAUGCUGAUUUGAAUAGGCUCAACUCAUUGGCUGAUUAUGGUCAACAUAUUGAUACCGUCCAAACUGAUUUGGAUUCAUUGAAAGAUCUCCUGAAAGGGGACAACUAUCAAUUCGAUGCCAAUACAUUACUUGGGGCGGCUGGUGGAAAUGGACCGCAGUAUGGCAGAGUAUAUUUUGCACCAACUUCGUUCGAUACCGACGCCUUGAAUAAGCUGUUUAACUCUAAUGAAGAUAUCAUGGGAAUGGAUUUCCCUAUGAAUUUGCCCGAUUUGGCAGAGUCGCAGCGAAAGGCUGCUGUCGAUGGUACGAUUGCAGCACCCGUUACUAACAAUAACGAUACCAACAACGGGACAGGCCACGUAUCACCGAGCCCGAAUGGUGGGUCAUCGAAUCAACUAAUGACAUACAAAACAGGUUUGGGAAACCAUAAUGCCUGCGAUUAUAUUGAUUUGAACGAAUUGUUGAAUUUGGACGGUAGCAAUGAGGGACAGUCAACCCUGAACUAACAUGCUCAUUCGUAACUUUGGUUUGUUAUUUUGUUAUGGAUUUUCUGUCCCAUAAAUUCAGUUCACCAGCCGUCAAAAAUACGGUCAAAGAGAAAUACGAAACCAAAGCAUUCUCUGCAGCCUUUUCUGCACAACGGUUAUAUUAACGGCAACAUUUGUGGAACAGGCUAUCCAACGUGCAUAUUUUAUCGUUUUUACAUACAUGUUUAACAUCUUAUUAAAUAGGACUUUCGUUAAAAGUUAUUAUAUAAACUGUCUUAUUGAGUAUCUUGGUUACAGAAGGUAGAAGGUUCAUAUACAUAUUACCCGAAUAAUUUCGGAAUCAAACUGUACGUAGCAUGUAAUUAAAAGUGUAAAGCUAUUGUUUCGAUCUGCAGAAAAACGACACUUCUAGUUUCUAUAAACUUUCUACAAAAAAAAUAGUGAGUUUGUUCCACACUACGGAGAUAUUUUAGGCUAGGUCAAGAAAUUGUUUGUGACAAUAUUAACGUGAAAACAUCAACUAAAAGUUGUACCUGACCCCCGUGACAGCACAUCGGAAAAAUGCAAACUUUUUGUUCAAUGGACCUAGCUUCUUAGGAAUCUAAUUCAAAACAAAAUGCAUUUAUCUUCAUUGCUGUACGUUUAGAGCUCUUACAUUGUUUGCAUAACACGUGGAACAUUCACUAUAGCUAUAACGAUUCAGGUAUAAAAACCGGAAAUUUGUACGCCUUAAAAUACACGCAUAUGAUACGUUUGCUAACGA